UCAGGACUAUUGAAGAUUUAGUAGUGCAGGUGAGUGAGUAGUAGAUCUCAGAGUUCCCAUGCUGCUUCCCAUGCCUCUCGGCUACGGUUCAGGUGGGAGAGGGGUCACUUCCCCCUUCCCCUACCCCUCACCUUCAGGCAUGAAUGCCCACUUCUGACGAAUCUGAGAGCCAUAAAAGAGGGAUCAUGAAUGAAUGAUUAAACAAUCAACCACUCAACUUGAAGUUGCCAUCUAGCUUCAACUCGCUUUUCGAUAGCCACUUUCUAUCGAUAACCUACGCGUCUUCAAUUCAGAAUAUGCCUGAACUUCAGCAGACAGAGGCGAUUACGAAAGUUUCACAACAAGACGGUGAACGCGAGGUUCCCAGCGGCGGCGUCACGCCUCCUCCGCCGCCUCCUCCGCCGCCUCCUCCUCCGCCGCCUCCUCCGCCUCCACCGACUCCAACGCCACCUCCACUGCCUGGAGAAGUGCCGAAAGUAGGCCUAGAACACUUUCCCAACGUCAUUCCUGCUUCGGCCAGUAUUAUCAGCCUUAUUGUCGCCACCCGUCUCAGUCUCACUACCACUGACGGUCACAGUGGCAAAGGGUGGGCCUUUGGCGUCGGAGAGGGACUUGACGUAACCGGAGGAUUGCUGGGGUACAACUCUUGGGAGGUAUUGACGUCAGGCGCAAAUUCAUUCGCCAUUGUCGCCACUGUUGACGCUCUUGUGGUUACCUUCAUGAUCAAUGGCUCUUCUGAGGCUGUCUUCGUUGGCAGUGGAAUAGGCGAGGAUGUGUCCGGAGGCUAUGGCAAUGAUUUCACCUGGGAAUGAGUACUAUAUGUUCGUCGCUUUAUUCUUGGAGCCCUCCCAGAAAGAUGCUGACUACAACGCACAGGUUCAAGGAUACCAAGAUAGUCUUUUGAAUUCAUCGCGUCUGCCAAAAGGGGGGAUCCGUACUAGCGUUAUAAUAUGCAUUGCCAACUUCUUCUGGUCAAACUACAAAGUUGAUACCUGGUACAACA